GAUGAUAACAUCUCAAACGCAAAUUGAAAAAUCAAACCCAGUGGCUGCAGCGGCAGCAGUGGCCAUGGGCGAGAGGCUCCCCCAGCCGUCGCCGCCGCCGCCGCCGCAAUUCCAGCUCGGGAACCCCAUGUCCGCCCCGGCGUCGCCCUACUCCGCGCUCCACCCUCUCCUCCUCCCGUCCACGAACCCGCACCUCCUCCUCAAGCCCAAGACGCUGACCCUCUCGCUCUCCUCCUCCUCCCUCGCCUCCAUGCCCUCCUCCUCCUCCCCGCCCGCCCCCGCCUCCGACGCAUGGGAACUCGUCCACCCAACCGUCCCCGUUGCCGCCGCCUCCCCCAUCGACGGCGGCCUCGACGACUGCGCCAUCUUCCCACCGCGCCUCCACGAGGGCCUGGGCCUCGAGGCGGAGGCCGAGGAGGCCGCGACCAAGGAAGAGAAGGAGGAGGAGACUGACGACGAGGAGGAGUGGCUGUGGGGGUGGGGGAGGUGCCGCGCGGCGGCGAGGCGCGCGUGGGCGGCCGGUUCAGAGGCCGUGCUCGUGCAUGGAGAGUGCGGAUGUCCCGGGGUUAGGCCGGCCAUAUGGUCGGCCGCGGCGGCGGCCGUUGUGGUCGGCGCGCUGUUGUACGUGCGCCGGCGAGACAGGAGGGAGAGAGACCUCCUCGUCAUGCUCUCGCAGGAGAAGGAUAAGAGGAUAGCGCAACUUCUGCAUCAAAUUGCUUUACUGAGUGACAUCAGAGGCGGCAGCGAAGCAAUUAAAAUCAUGAGGAACUCUUAACCGUUGCUUCACUGUAGAAGAGGUUUGGAUGUAAUACUGUGUAGCACUUUGGUUAGGUAGUUGCAGAAUGUUUUCAUCCAGAAGUGCUCCAAGACCGUGUAGCUUGAUCAAGUAAUUAGCUCAGUUGCAUGAUCUUGCAUAUAUAAGAUGUUUCUGUAAUUGAAGAACUGCAAACAUCAGCUCUGGAAACCCCCCUUUGUUGUUAAGAUUUGUAAAUAGAUGAGUGAUAACAUUGUCACUUAUAAAUUUGUGGAAAUAUGUUCAAAUUGUGCUGGACUCAGGUACUAUAUAUGAAUAAUUUCUAUUUUCGGCUAUGAA